AGAGAGCUCUAAUUGAUUGCUCAGCUGUCAAGCACUCUUCAGUGAGGCGCUGCGUUCUGGGAACUUCACCGACCUGAAAACAAGCGAGAAACUCCCUCACCGCGCUUGGAUUUUUACAAAAGUGGGAGACUGUACGAUCCUUGGCAGUGUUCUGAGACUGUACAGUCACUUUUGGCCUGCUGGUGGACUUAACUGCAUUCUCACAUUCAGUUUUCUUGUUAUUUAACGCGAGUGUUUUGGAGCGUUUUCUGUUUGCACAGAGAUCAGAUCUGACUGCUGUCGAACUGCGGGAAUAACGAAGGGACCGAGAGAUGACAGCUGAGAAAGAGAAGAAGAGGUGCAGCUCAGAGCGGCGUAAGGAGAAGUCUCGUGAUGCGGCGCGCUGCAGGCGCAGUAAGGAGACGGAGGUGUUCUACGAAGUUGCCCACCAGCUUCCCCUGCCACACAACAUCAGCUCACACCUGGAUAAAGCAUCCAUCAUGAGACUAGCCAUCAGCUUCCUGCGGACACGCAAACUCUUCACCUCAGGUUGCGUUCCUGCCACAGAGACGACAGACGUAGACCGACUGAUGGACAGUUGGUAUCUGAAGUCACUGGGCGGCUUCAUUACUGUGGUCACAUCAGACGGAGACAUGAUCUUCUUAUCAGAGAACAUCAACAAAUUCAUGGGUCUCACACAGGUUGAACUAACAGGACACAGCAUCUUUGAUUUCACUCACCCCUGUGACCAUGAAGAGAUCCGCGAGAACCUCAGCCUCAAAGCCGGCAUGGGAAAGAAAGGCAAGGAGCUGAACACUGAGAGGGAUUUCUUCAUGAGAAUGAAAUGCACAGUCACGAAUCGCGGGCGCACAGUCAACCUCAAGUCAGCCGGCUGGAAGGUCCUGCACUGCACAGGGCACCUGAAGGUGUGUAACGGCUGUCCCACACGAGUGCUCUGUGGUUUUAAAGAGCCGCCGCUCACCUGUGUGGUCAUGAUGUGCGAGCCCAUUGCCCAUCCGUCAAACAUCGACACACCGCUCGACAGCAAGGCAUUUCUGAGCCGCCACAGCAUGGACAUGAAGUUUACUUACUGUGAUGACCGAGUUACUGAGUUGAUGGGUUACAGUCCUGAAGAUCUUCUCGGUCGAUCUGCAUAUGACUUCUACCACGCUCUGGACUCCGACAACGUCACCAAGAGCCACCAGAACCUGUGCAGUAAAGGCCAGGCGGUGAGUGGUCAGUACAGGAUGUUGGCUAAGAAUGGCGGCUAUGUGUGGGUGGAGACCCAGGGUACCGUCAUCUACAACAGUCGCAACUCCCAGCCCCAGUGCAUUGUGUGCGUGAACUACGUCCUGAGUGACGUUGAGGAGAAAUCCAUGGUCUUCUCUAUGGACCAGACUGAGUCUCUGUUCAAGCCUCACAGUUUGAACAGUUUCUUCAGUCCAAGUAAAAGAGCCAUGGGCAGUGAUCCUGGUGAAGCGCUCUUCACCAAACUCAAAGAGGAGCCCGAAGACCUCACCCAGCUGGCACCUACACCCGGUGACACAAUCAUCUCUCUUGACUUUGGUGGGCCCCAGUAUGAGGAGCACCCAAUGUACAGCAAAGUGUCUUCGGUUGCUCCUCCUGUUUCUCACUCUAUUCAUGACGGCCACAAGCCGAGCUACGCUGGAGACAUGCCCAAGAUGGCCGCCACUUUCUCUGUGCCUCAAGCUCCGCCUCCCAGUAGUGCUACUUCCAGCCUGAGCAGCUGCUCUACGCCCAGCAGCCCCGGAGACUACUACACCCCAGUGGACAGUGAGCUGAAGGUGGAGCUGACUGAGAAACUGUUUUCCUUGGACACACAAGAGACAAAGACUACCUGCAACCAAGAGACUGACUUGAGUGAUCUGGAUCUGGAGACGCUGGCUCCCUACAUCCCCAUGGACGGUGAGGACUUCCAGCUCAAUCCCAUCUGCCAGGAGGAGCCUGUUUCUGAGGUCGGAGGCCUGGUAACUAACAAGGAGAGUUUCAGCAACAUUACAAGCCUCUUCCAACCCUUGGGGUCGCCUUCAGCAGAUCCCUUCCAGCCCAACAUGAGUUCAGGAAGGGAUGAGCAGAGUGUCAACGGGGGAUCUGUGGAGUCAUGGCCGUCUGUUCCCUAUAGCAGGGGUCCCAUGCAGAUGCCUCCUUACAAUGAUCCCGCCAGCACCCCACUGUCCUCUAUGGGAGGGCGUCAGAAUCUGCAGUGGCCACCUGACCGUCCAUUACCCAGCAAGGCUGGAAUGAUGGAUCCUUUAGCUGCAAAGCGCUCUUGCCAAACCGUGCCAGCAAAUCGAAUGCCAUCUUAUUUGCAAAGGCCCGUCGAGAACUUUGCGCAGAACUACAGAGAUAUGAGUCCAGCUCGACUUGCUCUCGCUAACAGUUUCAAGCGCUCGUUCACGCAGAUGACCACGGUUGAGACACCCGCCACUAAGUCACAACAGACAGUGUGGAAGAGACUUCGGCAUGAGAGUUGUGCCGUCAUGGAGAGGAAAUCACUCGACACUAGUGCUUUGUCAGACAAAGACAUUGCUCAUAAUAGAGGCAUGGAGCACCAGCACAGGAAGACUCAGUUUUCGGAUGAUCAGGCAGCAAAGCGCUUCCGAGAACAGUGUUGUAACUACAGAGAGUUCAACAUUCAGCCUUUCUCCAAAAUGGAUGGAAUUGCGAGUCGUCUUAUCGGGCCCUCCUUCGAGACCUGCUCUCUGCCUGAACUGACGCGUUACGACUGUGAGGUCAACGUCCCGUUGCAAGGCAAUCUUCAUUUGCUGCAGGGCUGUGACCUCCUAAGAGCAUUAGACCAGGCCACUUAGACCAGUUUCUACAUUAUCCCACAGAAAUGCAGUCCCACUUUACCCAACCCUAUCACUCAUCUCACCCUCACCAACUUGACAAUAACCAUCCCAGCUUUAGCACACCUCGGUCAUGCCUAUACACCCUCUUACAGUCAUACCGUACUGUACCUACCUGACUGCAUACAUGACAAAUGUAGCUUUGAUUCUAUUUUUAUUGUCUACAUCUUCAUAAAUUAUAUACAUGUGCUAUUUUUUUUAGUUGCGAGAUAGUUUCUGAACGAAUUUAAGUAUUUUUGGAGGAGUUUAAAUGUUGUUUUGUCUUCAGCUGUGUUUCUCUGCUUGUAAGAUGAUUUAAAGGGAUACUCUUUUUGGAAAUAGGCUCAUUUUACAACUCCCCCAGAGUU